AUGGCGGCAACAGCCUUAAACCUAUCAAAACCAUGUUUUUUUACUCCCAAAAUCCCGUUUCUGUGUAAUUCAAGAGUACUACCACACAGUAGCUGUCGAUUUGGAACCUUAAAGCCGAAAGCGGGUCUGUCCCAUUUCCUCAACAUUGUUGAAACCACUUCUUCAUAUAUUCAACUUCCACUUCAACUCGAGCUUCAUGAACCUUCCAAUGCUCUCUCUUUGCCUACGUGGGCUGUUCAUGUCUCCAGCGUCGUUGAAUGGAUUAUAGCUAUGGCUUUGGUGUGGCAAUACGGUGAAAAAUCUGGAUAUGAAGCCUGGAAGGGGCUUUCUUGGGGUAUGGUACCUCUACUUGGUGGAGCAUUCUGUGCUUGCACGUGGCAUUUCUUUUAUAACUCCGACUCCCUUGAGGUAUUGGUAGCACUUCAAGCGGCACUAACUGUAAUAGGUAAUUUCACAAUGUGCAUAGCUGCAUAUCGAAUAUACAAAUCAUCCCGUGAAAGCCCUGAGAAUUUGUGA